GAUGUCAGCCUACAAAGGACACAAUCUCUCUUCUUCAAAUUCCUCCCCAAAAUGUCCUUUCCCAACAGCUCUCCUGCUGCUAAUACUUUUUUAGUAGAUUCCUUGAUCAGUGCCUGCAGGAGUGACAGUUUUUAUUCGAGCAGCGCCAGCAUGUACAUGCCACCACCUAGCGCAGACAUGGGGACCUAUGGAAUGCAAACCUGUGGACUGCUCCCAUCUCUGGCCAAAAGAGAAGUGAACCACCAAAAUAUGGGUAUGAAUGUGCAUCCUUAUAUACCUCAAGUAGACAGUUGGACAGACCCGAACAGAUCUUGUCGAAUAGAGCAACCUGUUACACAGCAAGUUCCCACUUGCUCCUUCACCACCAACAUUAAGGAAGAAUCCAAUUGCUGCAUGUAUUCCGAUAAGCGCAACAAACUCAUUUCUGCCGAGGUCCCUUCGUACCAGAGGCUGGUCCCCGAGUCCUGUCCCGUUGAGAACCCCGAGGUUCCCGUCCCUGGAUAUUUUAGACUGAGUCAGACCUACGCCACCGGGAAAACCCAAGAGUACAAUAACAGCCCCGAAGGCAGCUCCACUGUCAUGCUCCAGCUCAACCCUCGCGGCGCGGCCAAGCCGCAGCUCUCGGCCGCCCAGCUGCAGAUGGAGAAGAAGAUGAACGAGCCCGCGAGCGGCCAGGAGCCCGCCAAAGUCUCCCAGGUGGAGAGUCCCGAGGCCAAGGGCGGCCUGCCCGAGGAGAGGAGCUGCCUGGCCGAGGUCUCCGUGUCCAGCCCCGAAGUGCAGGAGAAGGAAAGCAAAGAGGAAAUCAAGUCUGAUACUCCAACCAGCAAUUGGCUCACUGCAAAGAGUGGCAGAAAGAAGAGGUGCCCUUACACUAAGCACCAAACGUUGGAAUUAGAGAAAGAGUUCUUGUUCAAUAUGUACCUCACCCGCGAGCGCCGCCUAGAGAUCAGUAAGAGCGUUAACCUCACCGACAGGCAGGUCAAGAUUUGGUUUCAAAACCGCCGAAUGAAACUCAAGAAGAUGAGCCGAGAGAAUCGGAUCCGAGAACUGACCGCCAACCUCACCUUCUCUUAGGUCCAAGGCCUGGCGGAGGCCGUGUUAGGAGAGGCAGCGCCGCGUUCCAGGGCCGAGUGCUGGAGGACU